AUGGCACAUCGGCAACAGUCUUGUGACCUGGGCGAGCUCAACGAACGCUAUCUGGAGAUGCUGGUGGAGGUAGAUAAUAUGUGGUGGGUUUAUAACGUCGCUGCCAGUGCCGCGCAUUGGGUCCUUCUGGCAGGCUACCUCGUGGUUCCUGGGACAUUUACCUCCUUAGAGAAGUCAGACGAGGUUAAGGCAACUCUUGAAGGUAAUAGAGCGGGCGAGGCUAUCCUGGGAACGAUCCAAAACCCGCCACUCCUGGUGAUUUCCUGUCUUUCUUUUGCCGCUGGCGUGCUACUAUUCAUAUGGCUGGGAUGGGAGAUGAGAUAUAAUUAUAUUUGGCUCGUCAGCCGGAUUUUUAUGCCCGCUGCCAUGAAUGCUGCCGCGGGGUUGCUGACAACGAUGGUCAAUAUAUACACCGCGCGAGGAGGAGACUGGUCAGUUAUGGCCCUUGCCACAACUAUUGUGACGGGUGUCACAUUGACUACGUCGGGCGCGCUAGUGAUGAUCUACAAGCUGAUAAAACUGGCGACCCUGAAAGAGGCCCCUAUACCUGCUCCCUGCUUAGAUCUCCCACCGCCGGCUGAUGAGCGACAUGGGCCAGCUCCAUCAUUAGAGAAGGGCUAG